AUGAGAGGCCGGCUCCUUCAGGUGCACCUGCAGGCCAGCGACUGCGGCCAGGGCGUACGCGUGCGCUCGAGAACGUGUGGGCGCCGCCAGCCCGGCUGUCAGGGCGAGGCAGAGCAGACCCGGCCGUGCCGGGCGCGCGCCGGCUGUGACCCCGACCAGACGGAGGGCGCCGAGCAGGAGGAGAAGGAGACGCAGGGAGACGACGGCCAGGGUCCGCACGGCCGAGAGGGGACGACGGAGACGCUGAUCCCGGAGAUAGCAGAGGACGGCGCGCUCGUCGCCGCAGCGAAGCUGAGCGCCGAGCGGCAGGGCCGACGGCGGACAACGGCCGAGGCUCGGCUGGCGGCCGAGCUCGAGCGGCGCCGCCGGCUAGAGCUGGCCGAGGCCAAGAGCGCGGCGCAGGAUCGCGCCAAGAUGUCCGAGCUGCGCCGUCGGGGAGAGGCCGCGCUCCGUAGCAUGCUGAAGGAGGCUGCCACCGAGGAGCUGCGCGCGCAGGAGGCGAGCCGCGCCAGUGCGCAGGCGGCGUACCAGGCGCAGGAGGCCAGCAAGCGACAGCAGCAGCCGACGCGGACAGAGACGCGCGUGCUCACCGAAAGCAAGACUACGGAGCUGGACCGCCAGGUCGACGUCAACGAGACGGCGCUGGAGGCGCUCGAGGACGACCGCCAGCUGCUGGAGAGCGAGCUCACUGCGUUCGAGGAUCUGGCCGCGAAGCCAGGAGCGGCUGGUGGCCGAGCAGGCGGCCCGCCCGCCGCCGCUACAACCGCCCAGAACGAGCGGAGCGUGGCCGCGGAACGCCGGCGCGCCCAGCAGGCGCAGCUGGCCGCUGACACCAGCAUCGGCGACCAGCAGGAGCUGCUGGUGCACGCUCUGGCCGAGCCGGCGGAGCUGGACUAA